AUGGAAGCACUUCAGGUCCUCUUUCCCCCUCCGGAACCCACCGCAACUGGCCUCCCUCCUGAGAUCUGGCACCAGAUCUGCCUCGCUACGACAUUUACCAGGAAGCCGAAAGAUGUGUCUCCAACGGCGCAUUAUAUAUUAACGCAAUCUGAUCUACGCAGGCUGCGCAUGGUAUGCCGUCAUCUUUCCGCAAGCACGGAAGACGCUUUUGGAAUUCGCAUCUUCUCGUCCAUGAAGUUCAUGCUCACGCCGUGGAGUCUGGCGUCUCUGCUUAAGUUUUCGAAGGAGGGGAAAUGGGGGAAGUAUGUAAGAGAGUUGCGGUUUGGGCCGGAGAGGUUGAAUGAGGAGAUGCUGCAUGUGGCUGGACCUCUUCCCUGCGCAGAAUGGAUGCGCACCUACUCGGCCCCCUACCGCAAACUCGGCGCCAAACAAGCGCACUUCCACAAAACUGGCUUCGACGUCCUCGCCCUAGUCGCCGCCAUCCAGAACCUGCCUCACCUGCGCAGCAUAGCGCUAGAAAGCACGCGGGAUCCCGAAAACGGCUGGCCGCACAUAUCUGACUGCCGGGGCGCCUGGAAGCUCUGGCGCGACGUCGGCGGCGGCCUCUUGCAGCAAACUCGUUUCCCCGUCCUCCUUCCCGCGUUCUCGACAGCAAACGACUCCUGGCUGCGGAAGACGCGCUACGCAGAGCCCCACGCCCUCAUGUGCAGCGUCCUGUGCAGAGCGCUGCAGAAACUGUACCCCGCCGCCAGCAACGGCAUCACUGCGUCCCUCGUGGUAAGUACAAGCUGGCUGUUGAGCUUCGAGUGGGCUUUGCGUGGGAGACGGGAGUCUCUGAGGGAUCUUUGGCGCCGCAUUUCAACGGUUCGUCUUCUGGAUGAUCCGGACGCGCGGCUCAGACUCUCUGCUGUCUUUCUGGGCAGCCUCGUGCACGAUCUGAGUCUCGAUGUCAGGACACUGGACGUACGCAGUCGCGGCGCUCCGUCCCUCCUGGUGCAAACGCUCUCCUGCGGCGCUCUAACCACGCUGACCCUGGCCUCUGUUUGCAUCAGCGACCAGACCCUGAUCAGCGCGCUCGUUCUCAACGCCCAGACGCUCAGGAGUAUCGCCUUCCGUCGUGUCUGUUUGAAUGCGCACGGCCAGAUCGACUGGCUCGCUCUACUAUUUGGCUUGUCCAAGUUGCACAUGGCGCAGCUGGGGGAAGUAACCUGCUAUCCUGAGCUCGCCGAUGCUGGCAAUUUUGUGAACAAGGAGAACGAGUAA